ACUCCUAAUAUUAACCUCCUAACAUGUUUUUCCUUUUUUUCAGAUGCACUUCACAGUGUCCGAACAUGUUACACUUCUGUUUGACUUCUGGAAUGUACAAAGCCCUGGGGGAAUGGUGGCUUCUGUAUUCAUCGUCCUGAUGUUAACAGUAUUCUAUGAACUGUUAAAAAUUUGGAAAAUAACUUUGAAUGACAAGUCCUCACCACAGUCAUCUGCUGUUUCUGUAUCAGGAAGUCGACAAACUCUGGAAGACACAGCUUCAGAACCCUCAGAACCUAUGACGCCUCCACCUGGUAGUAGGAAGAACAGGUGGCUUCUGUUCCAUGCAGUGCAGAGUCUUAUCCACAUUUUCCAAGUAAUCAUCAGCUAUAUGCUGAUGCUGUGUGUGAUGUCCUACAAUGUCUGGAUCUUUCUUGGUAUCCUUAUAGGGUCAGGAAUUGGCUAUUUUGUUGGCUACCCCCUGCUUACCAAGAAUUGAGGAGGAGUCUUUAAGUAUGGACUUAUAAAGGCUGAGCAAACUAUAACUGGAAAUGAGAGGACUAGACUUAAUUUUAAACUAGCAGUACUGGGGCAUUAGUAUGCAAAUCCCCCACGCUUUGUGGAGAAUCUAAAACAUAAUGAUGAACUGAAGAAAUGGUCUCCAAAAAUCUUACUAACAAGCAAAUCUUUCAUAUGAUUUUUCAGAAUAACAUUAUCCAAAUCUAAGUAUUAACAGGUAUGAUUAAUGUGUUAAGUGAAGACGUUUCUGGUGAAGCAUACAUCAGAAUGUGCGAGCUGCUGUGUGAGCUGCUACUAGGAAGGUCUUCUGCAGGAAAUUGAAAUUCCUCCCCCCCUCAAAAAAAUCAUGCAACUACAGAUUCACAAUUUCUACUGAAGCAUUAGAAAUGGGCUUUCAUAAGAAAAUAUAUAUAAAUAUAUAUUUCUUAACUUCUCAUUUUCCAUAUUUCACUUUGCCUAACUAUUGGCCAGUAUUAGAAUUCUGGACUAAUGCAAACGGCUGAGCACAGCGUUACCUCCAGGCAAUGAACUGUGCUUCAACAGAUACCUCAAUGUGCCAUUAGUGCCUUUCGCAUGAGAAAUACCAAUUCUGCUCCUAUAGUUAGGACUGAUAAACGAGCAGACUGAUAAUUUAUGUUGCAUGGGUUUAAGCAGAAGAACACAGAGGACUCUUCUACCCACACCCACUGCCCUUACACCCUACAACAUAAAUUCAUUAUGACAGAAUGGGCUCCCCAAGGCACAGAAUGAUAGCUAUUAUGCACUAACACUCACACAACUUUGCACACAUAGCUUUUAGCUUAACACCACCUUUACACAUUUCUUUAAUGCCUACAUGUGGAGAAGAGAAGAGAUUAUGUCAACAGUUGAUAUGUAUUAUCUGGUGAAUAGCAUUUCUUGUUUCCUUUUGUUACUUCCUCUAAUCUAUUUCAGCUUUGAACACACUGUCCCAUAGCAUGCUGCCCAGACACUUCAUAUUUUAGGCAUUAGUUCUUCACUGAUUCCUAUAUACAAGGCAAUAAUUCUUCCCGAUUUCUGUACACAUCUAACUACCAACUAUCUUAAAAUGCCCUGUUAUCAUGUUGGCCAAAAGCUUUAUGGAAGGUCUCCUUCUCUAAUAUCUCUCUCUUCUUAUGCACUGCUUCCUGCUCCUUAAGUCCAUGCCCUGACUGCAGAAGUAUUUUUAACAGACAAAAUGUAAUACUGGGUAAAAAAUACAACUGCUUGUUCUCUGCUUAUUUGCAAAGAGAUGUUGGAUGAGAACUGGCCAGAUCCUGGAGACUUUAUUCUGCACAUGCAACACAAUUUGAACCUUUUUUUUUUACUGUGAUUAAUAAAUAAUUAUUUUUAAUGCCA